AUGAAAUAGAAAAACGAGAAAAACUUACUGUGUGUUCGUGUUACCGUGUAUCGCGGCCGGCUUAGUUUUUCCCAUUUCCACAAGUGAAAUGAACCCAGAUCAGUGGGAGAGCUGAAACUGUGUGAUCGUGCGGACAUAUUGAAAGAGCGUAUAGCCACGUUGUACGAUCUGUUAGUUUAAUCCAAAAAUGGAAUAAAUGGAUUUAAUGGGCUUGCACAAAAUUACGCUGAUGCACCUGUAAAUUUAUAGUGCGCUGCAAAGAAACGUAGGCCUAAUGAAAAGUAGUAUUUACUUUUGCUAAACCGUCGUUAUAGUAAUCCAUCGAACUACCAGUGGCGAAGUGAAUUCAGUAAUAUUUCAGUGGACAUAAACCAAGUGAUAUAAUUUAUUGCGCUGCAAUUCUUUGUCCUGCAAUAACAGGAAAAUGGUUUCGGACGCUGAGACAAUUUGGACUGUUUCGACGACAGCUGAAAACAGGACGGCGACCGUGGCGGAAGCUCUCGGGGGGAUAUGCCCAGUGUGCAAUCAGUCGGCGAAAAAACGCUGCUCCGGGUGUAAUACAGUAUACUACUGCUGCGUUGAGCAUCAAAGACAGGACUGGAAGAAUCAUAAAAAUGUUUGCCAUCCAUUCAAAAUCUGCAGUGAUGAGCAUUUUGGAAGAUACCUGAUGGCAACGAAGGACAUCAAAGCCGGUGCAACAAUAUUGAAGGAAGCUCCGUUGGUGUAUGGUCCAUCACAAAUUACUGCACCCGUUUGCGUUGGAUGCCUUCAGGCGCUCACCGAGAAGCAAUUCCUCGAGUGUGAUAGAUGUGGAUGGCCGGUAUGCAAACGCAAAUGUCAAGACCGACCGAGUCAUCAAGCGGAGUGCCAAUUCACCAUUGCCCGAGGUAGUAAGAUGUCGCUGCAGCACUUUUACGUUCCACAUCCGGUUUAUCAAUGUGUGACUCCUUUGCGCUGUCUGUUGCUGGCUGAUACCGAUUCGACCAAAUGGCAGACACUAAUCAAGUUAGAAUCGCACGAGGAACAGCGUCGUGGAUCAAAGCAGUGGCGAGACGACCGGGAAGGAGUUGCCAAGUUGAUACCCCGUUUCUUCAAGUGUGAAAACAAAUGGAGUGAAGAUGAAAUAUUGAGGGUUACUGGUAUUUUGCAAGUCAACGGGCACGAGAUACCGUUGACCGAUCCACCAUCGGUGGCGAUCUACAGCAACGCCUCAAUGGCGGAACAUUGUUGUACUCCGAAUUUAGCAAAGACAUUUACCAGUAAAAGAGAAAUCGUUUUUUGGGCACCAAAUGCAAUCCAAAGUGGUGAACGGCUGAGUAUCUGUUAUUCGGAUGUGCUGUGGGGAACGCCAAACCGCUUGGAUCACUUACAGCAAACCAAAUUGUUUCGAUGUUCCUGUGCUAGGUGUAGCGAUCCCACGGAGUUUGGAACCUAUUUCAGCGCCUUAAAAUGUUCAGGCUUCAAGAAGGAAUCUAACUGCAACGGUUUGCUGCUGCCGGAAAAUGUGAAGAAUUGGCAUAGCAACUGGGUGUGCAACAAAUGCCAGGGAGUGGUCGUAUUUAAAGAAAUAUCAACAAUUUUGGAAAGAGCUAGAGUCGACAUUGGUGCCAUGGAAAAAACUAGCGAAAAACAUUGCAACAUGUUCAUCUCUCAUUAUUCUACUUGGCUGGGCCCAAAUCAUUAUUAUCUUGUCGAGGUAAAAAUUUUACUUUCCCAGAUCAUCGGAGGAGGCAGCCCAGAUGCAAUUAAAGAGAUCUCAGACGACAACUUAAUGAACAAAAUGAAAAUGUGCCAGGAUUUAAUUCGACUCUUUGAGAAGAUUUGCCCCGCCGAGGCACGUAUUAUCGGUACGACCCGGUUUGAGCUGCACGCCGCUCUAGCCGAGUUUGCCCGCCGGGGUGUGGAAUCGGGAGGACCGGCUGUGAGGAGUGCCCUCGAGGACUCCCUGUACAAUGCAAAAGAGUGCGUUCGGAUGCUUACAAAUGAAUGUGACGAGAUGCCAGAAAGCCAUAUUUGCGAGCAGGCGAGAAUCAAUGUUAAAUCGUUAAUGGUGUUGCUCGGAUUACAGGAAACAUGAUUUGUUGCGCAGCAACUCAGAGCCGUUUUAGAACUAAAAGACAGUUAGAUAUUUUUGAAUUAUUUUAUUUCCUGAGUGGUUUAUGUGAAAUUUGAAUAAAGGGUUUAAGUAUUA